UGUUUGAAUCACAAACCUGAAAGUAUUAAAAACAGGAGUAACUCUCAAGUUCAGGCGAAGGAAGUUGGUGUUCUGAAAUCCCCCUGCUGUCGGGGAGCAGCGUCAGCCCGAGCGGGAAGUGCGGCUGUGCGCAGAGCCGCGCUGUCCGUGUGCAGCCCCGGAGCCAUGGCGCGGCUGUGCCCCGCUGCUCCAGCCCUGCUCCUGGGCUCCCUUGCCCUGCUGCUCCGCGCGUCCCUGGCCGUGCAUCAUGUGCCCAUGCUGCUUUGGUCAACUCGGAGAUCACAGUGGAAUCCAGACACUGCAGUGCAUGAAGGAAAAGUUGUCUCAGAACAGGAGCUGACAGCACUCUUGCAACCCCUUCUUGCCCAGAACUCCAGAAAUCUCAUCUUGUUCCUGCAAGAUAGGCUUAGCAUAGAUGACUUCACAUACUUCAGUGAAUCCUAUGGCAACAAGAAUCCAUUUCAAAAUGUUCAGGAAAUUCUUCAGUCUUCUCCUUCAUCUUUAGUUUUGCCAGCUGUUGACUGCAAGGCUACCAAGUAUCUCCUGAAUGUUCUUCAAGAAUCUGGAGAUUGGAAGUUAACAAAUGUAACCAAUCUCAAUGUCUCUCAGCUGGAAGUGAAUGCAUCUAACCCAAACUUACUGGUGGUUCAGCUACUACCACUUGCCAGUGAUUUAAAAGAGAUUUCCACCCUGGAAGCAAUUGCUGAAAAUGACAAAAUAAUUGGAAGAGUGACCAUGGAUCUGCAGGAACGAGGGAUUCAUUUUUCAGUCAUUUACACUGCAGUGAGACCUUCAAGGAUUUCUAGAAGAACUGAUGUGGUGGCAGAAUUAAGACGACAAUUAAUGGCUGCUGAGGAAGAAGAAAGUUCAUCAUAUCCUCCUCUGAAUGUAACCAUUGGAAAUGAUACAUGCAUCCUUUUUUAUGCUAGUAAUUUCAGCCUCAAAGCCAACAAUUCAGUUUUAAUAGAUUUGACAAACGCAACAUUUUUAGCACAGAACGUGGAUAUUUCUGCCUCUGAGUGCACAGACAGCAACACAACACUGUCAUUAAAAUACACAAGACCAGUGAAUGGAAUCAGCAGCCUAGAGAUAAGGUUUUUAAUGACCAACAAGUUCUAUGAAGUCUCGGCUAGAAGAUGGUCCACUUUAGGUUCAGUUGAGAUUGUACAAGAUGGAGACAAGUUAGCUAAAUUUAUUGUUUCUGGCAUCUCUGCCCCUGCAGAGUAUUCAUUUCAUUGUCAGCUGGUGGGAACUAGCAAUCUCUAUCCUGCAAGGCUGGAUAGACAUCCAUCCAACAAUGAGGCAAAAAAUUGGGAUGUUUUCAUUUCCAAUUUGCAAAUUCAAGGCUUCAACAUUAUAAACAACCAGUUUUCCUAUGCAAGUGACUGUACAGGUUUCUUCACUCCUGGAAUUUGGAUGGGCUUGGUGACAUCUAUAAUUUUACUGUGGAUCCUGACCUAUGGCAUCCAUAUGAUCAUGCAGCUCACAACAAACAACAGAUUUGAUGAUCCCAAAGGUCCAGCUCUAUCAGUUCCUCAGACAGAAUAGCCAUGGAUUGACUUAAAGCUACUGUGGCUUUUCCCAGCCUGGUGUUUAUGAUUUUUAUAACCUUUUUACUUCAAAAUAUGUUUAACUUAAAAAGAUAUCAUAGGAAAACCAGAUAAUGAAACUACAUACAAAAAUGAUCCUUGUGCUUAGCAAUGAUAAUAAUUGUAUCUGUUAUUAUGAUCAUUUGUUAACAGCUUUUUGUGUUAAGGUUCUGAAGUGAGACUGUAGAUUACUCUCUCUGGUUAUUAGAAAGACCAUUGAAAACUUUCUUCAGAUUAACUUCUAUUGGCAAAGAAAACAUACCAAAACACAGAUAAUGGGGAAGGACAAAAUACGUGAUGAGAAAUUAUGCAGUAAAAAUACUGGUCUCUCUAAAGGCUCUUUAACAUCAUGAUGAUGCUACUUCUUAAGACAUUUUAACUGUGUUUUGAAAUUUUUUCUCUUGAGUAAAACAUCCAGAAAUGUACAGAACUAAUAAAGUAUAAGUCACUAAAUAAAUAGUCCUGAGGAGUUUUUUCAAAAUAUAUCACUUUGUUCAGAUGUGGUAUCACAAAGGAGAGUGGGUAGAUUAAGGUUUAGCUUCCAUCUACUGUUAUCUUACACUUUUGAGAAUUAUGUUAAGUAACGCCGACUUAUGUUUGCUUUAGCAGUGGACAGCUGAUGGGAGGGCAGUCAGUGGCAGAGAGGUCCUUGUCCAAACUGAUCACAAAAUUAGAUUUGGUGUCAUGGCAAUGAAUGCAAAUUUUCAAGUAUAGAACCUAUUAUGAUUCUGUCUGCUGGUUCACACAGCAUCUUAACAGAGGUAAGGUAGUUUUCUUAGCCUCCUUCAUUUUCCAGGCAUCUUUGGAAAAGUUAUGAAGUUCACAGUAAAAAAAAAGGAAAAAUGAUAUUAUAUAAAAUCAUUAGAAGCACUGUGUCAAUGUACUGUUUAAGUCUGAGCAUUUUAUGGUCAUUUCAGUGCUUCUAGAAGCCUGAAAAUAUUCACAGUGUUCUUUAUUCUUCUGCAAUUAAUAGAAACACAACAUCUUCUAACUGGGUAAUCUGAUUAUGGAGUGAGUAACUGAAUUUUAUGUAGAACUAGGAAAUAGUAAAAGAGCAGUGGUAAAAUGGUAAAAAUGGUAAAAAUAAGACUUUUAUUCUUUCCUCUGAAAUUUUUUUAUGACUGUGCAUGUUCAAUUAGUAGUUCAAACUCCCAAAAAUAUAAUUUUGACAAAAUUACAGUUCUGAAAUGAGAAAAAUUCUAACUUUUCUGAUCUUGGUCCAUGUCAUAGUACAAUGAUACAGAGGAAAGACAGUUAGAAUCAACUAUUUAACUAGACAGACAGUAGUUUCUACCCAUCAUUUCUGGGUGUCACAUUUUUAUUAUGCAGUCCAAUACGUAGAUUAAAUGUUUUCCGAAGCUAUACCUUCUGAAUAAUUCAAUCCUGACGUGUAAAACAAAAGGAAGUGUCAUACAACUAGCAGAGGUUUCUCCUGUGCUGUAAUAUUUUUCCCAAAUGCUUUUCAGAACUUCAAAAAAUGUAUUUGAUCUACACAGAACCUCUUUGUUAGAAAGACAUAUUUCCUUUGCACAAAUGAGUUGCCAGGAGACAACUGGACUUGUUCUAUUAAUUCUCCCUUUGAAGCAAGCUUGAUAAGUAUGAAUGUGAUAACAGAAAAUUGACAUAAUAGUCAUGUAACUAUUGCUGGAAGAGGGAAAGGCUAUGCAAAGGACUUGAAAACUGCUUUCUUAGGACUUUUAUCUAGCUUCAGUAAAAUUUGGAAAAGAUUUUGUUGAACAGUGGCAAUAACAAGAGCUGAAGGAGAGCUUUACCAGGCUACCUAGCUUAGGAUUCUAUCCCCAGCAGUGGUAUGAGUAUGGAGAGCAUCUCUUAGUGCUCCCUGCAGAUGUUCUCCAUUCUCUACCAUUUAGCUCAGGCACUUCCACAACCAAAAGUGUUGCCUUUGUAUUUAAUAACUCUGGGUAUAGCUACAGCCCAUAAAUUUGUCCGGCCUGCUCUGAAGCCUGUGGGCUGUCAUACAGCUCACAGUGUCCUGAUUAUAGUAUGGCAUGGGAAUGCUUAUAUCCUCUCUUGCUUGCCUAGGAUGGACUCUGGAGAAGAGGGCAAGGAAACAGUCUCAUAUUGACUGUAUCAUGAGGAAAAGAUAAGUCUCUUCCAGAAGAGCUAUUUGAUGUGUUUGGUAUUACACAUUCCAAGGUGAAGGUGAAAGCAUUUUAAAUGGGAAAAGCUUUUUCUUCCUACCUUCUCUCCCAGCAAGGAUACCAUGCUUUGGCAAGUAGGCCCUGUGGGGCAUAUAGUCUGUUUGUACAGCCACUUGGGAUGGCUUUAUAAUGGAAAGAUGAAACCCCAGGCUUAUCCUUGUGAUGUAUAUGCUGGAAAACACUUCGGGAAAAGAAAGGAACUAUCUCCAGCUCUAUCUGUCCUGUGGGCCAGGUGGACAGGGCUCUGGGGACAAUGGCCUGCCUGGAAAGGAACUGCUCUCUGCCCACAUGGAAUGGGUUCACCUUGGCUGGCUGGCAAAUGCCCACCCUGCUGCUCGGACCUCUUCUCACAGGGGCCACCCCUGCUGAGAACACCUGGACAGACAUCCAGAACCCCACCUCAGAGGAACAUGCAGGCUGCUGGAGUGCCAUGCCCUCUGAAACCCCUGGAGCUGCCCAUCACACUCCCUGUGGCUGGAGACAAGGACAACUGAUCACCGUUCAGCAGGGCUGGCUUCCUUCUUUGUAAAUAGGACUUCUGUGCCUCAGGAAAUUCUGGGAGGAUUUUGCACCUGUUUGUGUUUGUUUCCCUUUCUGAAUAAAGUUAAACCCUGUCAGGAGCCUUCCA